GCCUCCUGUAAACACGAGGUCGCACACAGACUCAGUCAGUUCCUCUCUGUCGGGCUGGGUAACAGCUUCUCCUGCACCAGAGACAUGACUUCAGAAAUGACACCUCUUCUGUGCGUGUGUUGUCUGCUCUUGGCAGCCCGGAGCUCAGCUUUUAACCUGGAGACAACCAACACGAUCGCAAAGGAAGGAGAAAGAGGGAGUUUGUUUGGGUUUUCUGUGGCUUUACACAAACAGACCAGCCCGGAGGCACAGAGCUGGAUUCUGGUGGGAGCACCUCAGGCCCGAGCCCAAUCCCAACAGUUCGCAAAUCGCACUGGAGGACUCUUUGCCUGCCCAAUAAUAACUGAAGACGAUGAGUGUGAUCAAGUGGACAUUGAUAAUGAUGUUGAUCUGAGGCGGGAGAGUAAAGAAAACCAAUGGCUAGGGGUGACGGUCAAAAGCCAAGGGAUUGGAGGGAAAGUUGUGACUUGCGCUCAUCGCUAUGAGGUGAGGCAACGUGUGAAUCAGCCAGCGGAAACCCGAGACAUGAUUGGGCGCUGCUAUGUGCUGAGCCAGGACUUAAAUAUCAGAGACGAGCUGGAUGGUGGUGAUUGGAAGUUCUGUGAAGGUCGCACGCAGGGUCACCAGCGCUUUGGGUACUGUCAACAGGGAAUCGCGGCAGGCUUCACACCGGACGAUCAUUACAUUCUAUUUGGCACCCCGGGGACGUACAACUGGAAAGGUAAUGUUCGGACAGAACAGUUGAGUCAUUCUUUGGUCUUCUUGGGCAUCUAUGACGACGGUCCAUAUGAAGCGGGUGAUGAAAGAAAGCAGGAAGCUGAGCUGGUCCCUGUACCUGCCAAUAGUUACUUAGGAUUCUCAGUAGAUUCAGGUAAAGGGCUCACUCGGCAGAACGAGCUGAGUGUGGUCUCCGGAGCACCCAGAGCCAACCACACGGGCGCGGUGGUGAUCCUGAGGAAAGAAGGCGUCAACAGACUGGCACCGGAGCACAUCCUGUGGGGGGAAGAGCUGGGGUCAUCAUACGGUUAUUCAGUUGCCACGGUUGACCUCAACAGCGACGGGUGGACGGACCUCGUGGUUGGCGCUCCUUACUUUUUUGACCGAAAGGAAGAAAUUGGUGGUGCUGUCUACGUGUACAUUAACCAAGCUGGGAAGUGGAAUAAAGUGCGGAGUCUCCGGCUGAAUGGGACCAAAGACUCCUUGUUCGGGCUGACCGUGGCUAACAUUGGGGACAUCAAUCAAGAUGGGUUUGAAGACAUUGCUGUUGGGGCCCCCUACGAUGGACAUGGGAAGGUCUACAUCUACCAUGGAAACAACUUCGGGCUUAAUGUGACACCAGCUCAGAUAAUCGAAGGCGAAACUGUCGGAGUGACAAAAUUCGGAUACUCUGUAGCUGGAGGACUAGACAUCGAUGAUAAUUUUUACCCAGAUAUGGUGGUCGGGUCGCUCUCAGACUCUGCGGUUCUGUUCAGAGCGUGUCCUGUCGUUAACGUGACGGAACGGGUUUCCAUUCAUCCCCAGCAAAUUGAUCUGGAAUUCGAGAACUGCAGACGUGUCCCAGGGAUCUGUAUUGAUGUCAGGGCCUGCUUCCAUUAUAGAUCGAAGCCUGAAUCCUACAACCCCAGGAUUGUCCUUGGUUUUACAAUUGAGGCUGAUUCAGUUGAGAUUGAUGGACAGCGGAGAAGACCUCCCCGGGUGUCUUUCCUGAGAGGGAAGCCAAGUGAUCCCGAGAACCAGUACACCGGUGAGGUAGUCCUGCGAAGGCAAACUGAGUCUAACUGUAUCAACAUCACAAUGAAACUACAGGAGAACAUCAGAGACAAACUGCGGCCCAUUCCAGUGACGUUAACUUAUGUGAUCAAGGAAGUCAGGCGCAAGAAGAAGCAGACCGAACGACAGCUGGCUCACCUGAUGCCUGUCUUAAAUGCUCACGUUUCAAACACAUUCAGAGAAGAGGUGAAUUUUCUGAGGGAGGGCUGUGGACCUGAUAGGAUCUGUCAGAGUAACCUACGGAUGACAUACAGUUUUAGUACCAGGACCAAUGAUGACAAAUUUGAUCCAUUGCCAUUAGACGAACAGGGGAGGCAGGUGUUUUCCCUAAGUGACCAGAAGGACAUCGCUCUGGAGAUCACUGUCACCAACUUGCCAUCAGACCCCAGCAACCCUAUGAAAGACGGAGAUGAUGCUCAUGGGGCCGUUCUGGUCGCUAGUUUCCCAGACACACUCUCCUACUCUGCCUUCCGAUCAUUUCAGGACAAGAAUCUGGUCUGCACGGCGAAUACCAAUGGAUCUCGGGCUGAAUGCGAACUGGGAAAUCCCAUGAAACGGAACGCUGAGGUCACCUUUUACUUGGUUUUAAGUACCUCUAAAAUCACCAUCGAAACGACAACUCUACCAAUUCUACUUCAGCUAACAACCAUCAGUGAACAAACUGACCUGGACCCAGUCACCGCCAAUGCCCAAGUAAUGAUUGUCCUGCCACUCUCCCUCGCUGGAGAGGUUAGACCUCAACAUGUGUUCUUUGGAGGUGACAUAAUGGGAGAAAGUGCAAUGAAAGAAGAGGAGGAUGUGGGCAGCAGUGUGGAUUAUGAGCUAUGGGUGCAAAACACAGGCAAGGUCCUGAAAACCUUGAGCUUGGCUUUCCUGAACAUCCGAUGGCCUCAUGAGAUCAGCAAUGGCAAAUGGCUGUUGUACCCAAUGAGAAUAGAAUUUGAAGGGGAUGGGAAUCCACAAUGUUCUCCUCUACAAUCUGUCAACUCUCUUAAACUGGCGUUUAGUAAUAAUACGCGAGUGAAACAGAACUCAGAGAGGGCACAGCGUGACAACGCAGGCCAAAAGCAAUCAGUGGCUCACCAGACAGAAGCAAAGAAGAAUCUGACCCUGGAUUGUGAAAAGGGGACUGCUAAUUGUAUUGUCUUCCAAUGUCCUCUACAAAUCCUGGACACUACAACUAGAGUGAAAAUAAGUGCACGCCUGUGGAACAGCACCUUCCUGGAGGAGUAUGCUUCACUCAGUUCCAUAAAGCUGAUCAUUCGUGCUGACAUCAGUGUGAAGUCAAGCAUCAAAAACCUAAAGGUGAAGAACACUGCUGCUGAGAAUAUCUUGACAAUAUACCCAGAAAAGGCAAGUGUGGCAUAUGUCGGAGCACCCUGGUUGAUUAUACUCAUUGCUGUCCUCGCCGGAAUCCUGGUCCUUGCUCUGCUUGUGUUCCUACUCUGGAAGUGUGGUUUCUUCAAGCGAACGAACAAAGAGUCUCAGUAUGAAACUGAAUAUCACAGGGCUCAUCUUCAAACCCAGCCAUCUGACCAGGAGAAACUGGCCACCGAGGCAUAAUGCUGACAUCUGCAGCGCGUAAUGAAGGGAUUAAGAACCAUGCAGUAAAUGUGCAAAUGACACCAAGCUUCCACUCAUCCAGCCCUGGUACUUAAAGCGAACCAACGGAGACUUAAGUGAAGGAAGGUGUCAAUAAAUUGCGUUGUUCCCAAACCUGCAACCAAGCACCACAAUUCCUGUGAAUGGGCCAUCUUUGAAAUCUAUUUCUUGUCAGGUAAACAUUAAGAUAAUCCUUCCCCUUCACUGACUAUCAAUGGGUAGCGUGCAAAUCUAGGCUGGAAAAAUAUCCAUUUGGGGGGGUCAUUGCCCCUUUAAAUAGAAUCGAUCCGGUCUUAACUGGGCACCAAACUCAAAGAGGCUCCACUGUGGUAAUCAGAAACAUACAAUUAUGGCUCCUGUGAUGGAGGUAAAGCCUUUUGUUUGUUUUUUUUCCCUGAAUUAAUCUGUGCACUUGAAUGUCUUGGCACAUUGAAGAUGUUUUGGAGACUUAUUCACGAAACAGACCGAUGAAGGGGACUAGGCUAUCAGAUGCCACUUUUAACUUGGCACUUUUUCUGCAAAGUUUUUUUUUGUGUAUGCUUCAAAAUUCCGUUUUGGUGUUUUUCCUCCCCCCCCCCCCACCUUGUUAUGUUGAGAAUGUCAUUUCUGAAAUGGCCAAUUAUUUUGGAGAAUAAGUCUCGCCAUGUCAGGAUGUUUGUGGGCUUUGUUUCGAGACCUUCUGCUUCAAGGCCAUGUUAUGGGCAGUUGAGAAUUGCUGCGAUUGGCUGCACUGCAUUUGGACUUGUUUGUGGGGGGGAAGGGGGGGGAAAGAGAAAAUUACAGGAGCGUCCUGCUCCUGGACAUUGUACAGAGGUGCCACAGCUGGCGCCUGUGCCCUCAGAGUGCCACAUAAUGUCAUGCUUUUUUCAAAAUCUGGUUGACAUUGCCUUUGGCUGGUCCUGUCGAUUUGGGCCUGUAUCGUGAGUAUAGACACUGAAUUAAUGUCUACUGAAUUUUUAAGGAAAGUCUGUCAUGUGCAGCAACAAUUACUGUUAGUAACCUGAAGUGACUUCAUUACAGUUUAGUGUAUGGUACUGUACAGUGUUAAAUUAAACCUGUGCGUCAGUUGCAAGGUGUGCAUUAUCGGAGAUUCUGUGUUAGACUGAAUUCAUUAGUGCGUAGCAUUUUUCAAUUUAUAAAUGCGAACCAAUCAGUAUGACUGUAUCAAACUGGGCAGUAGAAACCCUUAUUUUCGCUGGCACAUAAAUCUGUGUCUCAAAGUUUUGGUCUUCAUGCUUUUGUGCAGUACUAUAUAAGUAAACCAUGUUCUUUUGUCUUACCUUUAGUUCUGUCCAGGCAAUGCACCAUUCCCUGGCAUAGCCAGUGGUUAAACCCUCAGGCCUGUGCCAACCUAGUUUUGAACUGGGCUGUCCUGUUUUGGCAGAAUUGCCUGGACAUUGCUAAAGCAUAAACUGGAUGCCAUAGAUCUAUGUUUCUAUAUUGAUGCAAAAAGACAUUUUGUCAAAGCUUUUCAUCUUGCAUUCAU